GUAGGAUUCCAAGGAAAUGACUCACAGCGGCUGGCAGGGCUCUGGCGGGGCUGGCCCGGGCCCCCACGCUCCAGCCCGCAGCAGAUGUCGGCCCGGCCCUCCCUCCCUCCCUCCCUCCCUCCCUCCCUCCCUCCCUUGCCGGCCAAACCCGCUGGAAGCCCGAGGUUGCGGGAGCGCCCUGCGCCCGUGGGACCUGGCGGCGAGGACGCCUAUUCCCUGCUUCUGCGACCACAGCUGGGCACUCGGAAAGUUGCUAGGGCCGAAGAGGCGGGAGGGGAGGAAGGGAAGAGAGAGGCGGAGGCGUGGACCAGGCGGGCAGCAGCCUCAGCCCGCCGGGGAGUGAUCCUCCGACUGUGAAAAACCAAACCUCUGGCUGCCUGGCUCCCUAGGAAUCAAGAAGACGCACAGACUGAAAAUCAAGGGAAGAAGGAACAAGAUCAAGGAUGAGGAUUAGCAUCUGCAAAUUGAACUCUAUCUAAUUUGCAUGUUUAUUUCUUAGAAUUGUAAUUAAAUUUGUGUAAUAAAUGUUUUCCAUUUCAUUUGUACACUUAAAACUUGGGUGACUGACAUGCAGUUAAGUGAAUUUCCUUUUUUUAAAAGCAAAUGUAGAUUAUUCAAUAAAGCAGCAAACCAAUAUUAAACAUAAUUAGAACUAA